AGCGUGUCGUCUUCAUCAUUUCCUACCACUUACCAUAUGGAAUAAUAUCGCUUGUUGCAAUGAAUGAAAUGCGGGAUAACUUCUCUGACUGUCAAUGAAUACGCGAGUUUCAAGGCGUGGCCAAAGUCAAGUUGAAUCCAACUUCCAACCCAUGCAUACAAGUGUCCAAGGCUGACAUUGUUCUGACCGUGAUAAAAGUUCCUCGUUUGUGGUUAGUUGCCAGAGUAGGAGUGUGCUUUAUUUUUCUAUUCCUGGUCUUGAUUGCCAGAAUUAAUCUCGUUCCAUCCCAAGCCGACAUCUAUUUCUGUGAGGUCCAUUGAGAAAGGCAACGGGAAACCGAGCGGCGAAACCCCGAUGAUUCCUGGAGGGCAAGCUCUCUGGGUGUUCCACUUCGAGUCCCGCUUCGAGCUUCCUCCUUCUGCUCCCGUUUCAGCUGCUGCCGCGAUCCAUCCAGAGUAGUAUUUGUUCCCUGUCCUGGAAUUGGGAAGCAACCUCAGUUCGGAGUGAAUAUCAGGCAUUUUCACAACUCUCCCUGGUUCUCCCUCCUGCGUGAGUGUACUUGUGGUGCGACUUGAGUCAAUAGAAUAAACCAUUGCCGGGUUAAUGUACAAAGUGCUGCUUCUGUUUCUUCAUCAUUUCUCGCUGUUGUCUGAUGCUUCAGUGGUCAGUUGUCGAUGCUAAGCAGAGCUAUGCCAGAAUAAAUAGCAAAUGUGUGGGGGGAACGGGGUCGCUUCCGUUAGACAUUUAAAGGUCAUCAUUUACUCAGCCUAAAGAAAGAAGUGAUCUCGUUGCUUCACGAUCACCCACCCAGCCGUUUGACGGUUCGACCGUUCUUUAUACUGAAUUAUUCAAAAUUUCGCAGAUGAGACGAGGCACGAGGCCCUAAUUGACGUGCUGAAACCAUCAAGACAAUGAGGGUUCUGUUCCUGGUGACGUUAUUGGCUCAUUUGGGCUGUGGACGACAUUUUCGUCAUGGUGCCCAUGGGACUCCGAAAUUCUCCGCCUUCAAGCAACAGUUGAAAAGAGAUGUGUUCCAAAGUGACUCGCUUCAAUCUCCAGAGGACGAAUUGCUACCCGAGCCAUUUUUUGAUGAGAAGGGGACCAGCCUAAACGUGACCGUAUUAGCUGGACAAACGGCUUUGCUCCAUUGCACUGUCCGAAAUGUGGGCAACAAAUCCGUCACCUGGUUGCGCCAUUUUAAUCCAAUCCCUCAACUUCUGGCUUUAAAUAACUUGACCAAUAUUAAGGAUCAAAGGAUCAAGGCUUUCCACACACCUGGAACAGAGGAAUUCGUUCUACGAAUUAGGCACACAGAAAUCAAUGACACCGGUCGCUACGAAUGUCAAGUGGCUGGCAAAGUCACCGUGUCUUUGUUCCGAAUGAUCAACCUAGACGUAGUUGAACCUCGCACAGAAAUCAUAGGCGGUCCUGACAUCUACGUGGAUCGAGGCUCCACGCUGAACGUCACAUGCGCUGUUUCAGCCGGGGCCCAAGAGCCAGGCUUCAUAUUUUGGAGCAAACAGGACAAGAUUGUCCAGUUUGACGGGGGAGAGACGUCUAAAAGGCAACAUUUGCUGAAGGACUCUCGAGGACGUUCGUUCUCCCGUCUGAUCAUUCGCAAAAUUGACCUGGACCACGCAGGCCGUUACACCUGUCAACCCGAAUCCUCUCCAAGUCAGAGUGUCUACGUUCACGUCCUCAAUGGGACAGUCCUGGCCGUGGCAGCUGAUGAGGGAGAUGACCAACAACAACAUCAACAACAACACCAGCAGCAGCAGCUUCCUGCCUCUUCCUUGGGGCAGAAACCGUCUUCUCCAACCUCGAAGGUCUCCCCAUCACAAGAGAAACUUCCAAGCAACUCUGAGGUCUCCUUAGCAUCUUCCAGCUCCAAAGCUCAGCGUCUCAUGGCGACUACCACUACUAUCACUUCUUGGUUUGGGGCUCCUUAUUCACCUUGGUUUUCACUCGGGAUCCAAGUCAGCUCAUCUUUGAUGUCCGCCCACCUGUCUGGUCUCAUAAGAACGAACAUCGGAAACUGAUAUCCUCGAACUUUGAGAACGCUAGCUGGCUCGACAAAUUCAAUCAGUAGGGGACGCAAAUGUCGUCCAGUAAGAAUGGUUCUGUGAACCUUCAAUCUCCGGUCGGGGUCAUGUCCGUUAGAUGAGAAGGAUCAGCACCUUAGGGCGAGGUUUGCCAAUUCAAACUGGCUUUCACAAGUCACAUUGGGCU